AUUUUUGCUGCUUUAUCAUCUCACUCAAAAAAAGAGUUGUGCUUUUUCAAAAAGACACAAACCUGAGUGCUGCUUGUCUCAGAGAGGUAGAUGGAAGGAGAAGGAGGAGGAGGAGGAGGUGCGCACUACAACCCUCGAACUGUUGAAGAAGUCUUCCGAGAUUUCAAGGGCCGUCGAGCUGCCAUCCUCCGAGCUCUCACCACUGAUGUGCAAGAGUUUUUCCAGCAAUGCGACCCUGAGAAGGACAAUCUUUGCUUGUAUGGAUUCCCGAAUGAAGUGUGGGAAGUUAACUUACCAGCUGAAGAAGUACCUCCGGAGCUCCCCGAACCUGCACUCGGCAUCAACUUUGCCAGAGAUGGAAUGCAAGAAAAAGACUGGCUUUCUCUCGUUGCUGUCCACAGUGAUGCCUGGUUACUCUCUGUCUCCUUUUUCUUCGGUUCAAAAUUUGGUUUUGAUAAAGUUGACAGGAAGCGUUUGUUCAACAUGAUAAAUGAGUUUCCUACUAUAUUUGAAGUUGUGACUGGAACUGCGAAAAAUCAAACAAAGGAGAAGCCCUCUUCAGCAAAUCAAAAUGGCAACAGAUCCAAGUCAAAUUCAAAAGUGAGAGUUUUAGAUGGCAAAAGCUCAAAGACAAUACAAGCCAUGGAGGAAGAAGGACUAGAGGAAGAGGAAGAGGAGAAAGAAAAGGAAGAGGAUGAAGAGGAACAUGGCGAAACACUGUGUGGAGCUUGUGGAGAUAACUAUGCUGCUGAUGAAUUCUGGAUAUGCUGUGACAUGUGCGAGAAAUGGUUCCAUGGGACAUGUGUGAAGAUCACUCCAGCUAGAGCUGAGCAUAUCAAGCACUACAAGUGCCCUUCUUGCAGCAACAAAAGAGCUCGACCCUAACAUGUUUUAUUCCACUUAUUAGUCUUAGCUAUCUAUCUUUCUAUCCAUCCCAAAAUUGUAAAAUACAACUUUAAUUAUGUUUGAGCACGUCAGUACUUGAAUCCUCAAAUAUAACUUUGUUUAACUCAACUUGUAGUAUUUGAUAAUAUAUGUUUCACAAGGCCA